GAAAAAUAUGAGGGCGAACGGACGAGUCCGUAGGGAUACUGUUGAUAUUCUCUCGGAGGUUCGUUCAGUCGUUCACAACAUAUUUGUAUCUAUUUAUUACUUAUUUAUACAUAUCGUACGCUCUCAUAGACCUCAGACAUACACGCAGAGGCAAUAUGACAGACGAGCAGAAAACUAUAAACGUGGGUUCACGCAAGAGCAAAUUGGCUCUUCUGCAAACCAACUUGGUGGUGGGAAUGUUAGAGAAGCUCAAUCCUUCGAUCAGGUUCAAUGUUAUCACCAUGGACACCCUGGGUGACCUGGUCUUGGACACAGCACUGUCCAAAAUCGGAGAGAAAAGUUUGUUUACAAAGGAGUUGGAGACGGCUCUGCACUUGAAGAGUGUGGACUUCCUGGUUCAUUCCCUUAAAGAUCUUCCGACAACUCUUCCAGAGGGCAUGGAGGUCGGCGCUUUCUGUGCACGUGAUAAUGCCUAUGACUGUGUGGUUAUGAACCAGCAGAACCAUGCUGCUAAGCUUACGCUGGCUCGUUUGCCACAGGACGCGGUUGUGGGUACCUCUUCACUUAGACGGAUCGCGCAGUUAAAGCGAGCACAUCCUCAUUUAACUUUCAAGGACAUCCGAGGUAACCUGAACACAAGACUGCGGAAAUUAGACGAACCUGAGGAAGGGGCACCUGUGUAUGAUGCAAUAGUACUCGCUCGAGCAGGCAUAGAUCGUUUGGGUUGGCAGGAGCGUGUGUCAGAGAUGCUGACGUCUGAGUCGUGUUUGUAUGCGGUAGGCCAAGGCGCGAUGGCUGUCGAAUGUCGUUCAGAUGACGCUGCUACGAAAGAAUUGCUACGACCGAUUAACUGCGCCAGUACAGCCCUCGUAUGCCAAGCAGAGCGCAGUUUCAUGCGCAAGCUCGAAGGCGGCUGCAGUGCACCUUUGGGCACGGAAAGCAAGUACGACGAAGCGACGUCCACACUCAACGUAUCUGGCGCUGUGUUCUCGCUCGAUGGUAGUGAGUGUAUAAUUGAAACUCUAAGCGCGGAAGUGACUGAUUCAAAGGGUGCUGAACAGUUAGGCGUGGAUCUCGCCCACGCGUUGCUGCAGAAGGGCGCACAGGCUAUUCUCACAGCCGCGCAUGACGCUACACACGCCAGUAAUCCCACCCAAGCCCCAACAAAUAAAGCUUAACGUAUUGCCCUGA